CCCCCCAGCUCAGAGACGGUCGUUUCUAUCGAGGGAGUGAGACAGUGCGACACAGACGAUACGAGAGUGAGAACCAGGAGACUAAGACAGGCGUUAGGGCCAGCAAGACCUCCGGCAGGAUACAAGGAGCUUCGUCAGUGUGUUGCAUGCACUCUACGGGCAGCACUGACCCCUAGCUGGAUAGUAGGAAAAACAAGUGGAUAGCGGAUACUCACUAGGGCAGCACUGAAUCUGGCAGAACAAUAGGAACGGCGCCGGCAUUGUGGAUAGGCGCUAGGACAACAGAGGACGUCUCUGGGACAGUUGAAACGACGUCAGGACAGCGAGGCUGAUUUUGUGCAGUGGUGGAGCUGCCUGUGCUCUCGUCAGCCACCGUUGUUGUCCUGUUAUUUUGUCAGCAUUUCACGGAGACGCUCAUUUUCGCGGAGAGAAUGACAGGCGCGUGGUUGUGUGUGUUGGUGGCGUUGGUCGGGCUCCAGGAGGCUGAGGCUGGUGUCAGGGUGGACAAAAAGCCGUGGGAUACGGACUACGACGCAGAGUCCGAGGACAGCGGGAGCCUCCAUUACGGCAGGAGCCUGGAGAUGGAGAGUGACGAGGUCAGGAAACCCGAGCAAGGUGCGAGGGGGGCUGGUAGUGGGCAAAAGAAGCCCGUGCAGGCCGACGUUGAAGACAACAAAAUCCACAUCCUGUCGCAAAGUAAGAAGGAGGCUUUGAAAAAGAAGGCUCAGGACCAGCGGAUGAAGGUCCCACUCAAGGCCAGUGAGGUCGCCGUAAAUGUUUUGAAAAGGAUAAUGGAGCCGUUCUUGAAAGAAGACUGUCUGGAGCUCGUCCUGUGCCACAUGGGCCGGGCCUUCUCCAGCAUCCCGAUGGUGAAGAUGGGAGUGGGGAUAAUGGUGGCUCAGGUCCCCGCCCAGUACUACGACUACGCCAACGCCUUCGUCACGGGCGUUAUGGACUCCCGUUGCUCCUACCACUGUGCUAUGCUCUACCCUCGCGAGGAAUUGUGAGGAGGAAGAGACGGGGGAGGGAGAUGGUUUAAGGGCUCCUGAGGGGUGGGGGUCAGUGGUUCUUUUUGGGAGGGUGGGUUUCUUGAGGGUGAUUUCCAGGUUCUCUAAGGUGGGUGGUUCCCGGGGUCCCUUUCGAGGGGGUGGAGGGAGAGGGAGGGGGGGGGGGGGUAGUAGUUUCCUGGGGGAGGUGGGAGGUUUCUAAGGCUUUUGAUAGUGAUAUUUUCUUUAGCAUUUUUUUAUAAUGUAAUAAACUGAUAGAUAAGACAGAGGUUUGCUUGACAAUGUGAUCUGCUUGUGAUCAAACAAAUUGUGAUAAAACUGAUGUUGAUCAAAUUGAUAUUAAUAAAAUGUUUAGUGCU